GUAUAAAAAGCAGAUCUCAUUCUCCCUCUGCACCAAAAGCUUUGAACCUCAACGAGCGGAAAGAAGUUUUUCAUUGAGAAUACGAAUGGCUACAUUUGAGUUGUACCGUAGGUCCACAAUUGGAAUGUGUCUGACUGAAACCUUGGAUGAGAUGGUGUCAAGUGGGGUUCUCGGCCCUGAAUAUGCUAUCCAAGUACUUGUUCAAUUUGAUAAGUCAAUGGCUGAAGCACUGGACAAUCAGGUUAAGACCAAAGUGUCCAUCAAGGGGCAUUUGCACACGUACAGAUUCUGUGACAAUGUCUGGACAUUCAUCCUCCAGGAUGCUCUAUUCAAGUAUGAUGAAAGCCAGGAAAAUGUUGGCCGAGUUAAGAUCGUGGCAUGCGACUCCAAGCUGCUGGUCCAAUAAGCAUCCAUCUGAUCAUGGUUACGAGAUCCAUCCGUCUCUUGUUUCUCUGCCGGUAAAUCUUUAGCUUAGAACAAAUAUGGGGUUUGUUCCUCUGUUGUAUGCUCAUGAAACAGGGUGAACUCGAAACAAUUUGCCCAGAAACUCGGUUGUUUCAUUCUACUUUGAUUUCGGUUUUUGGCCUCUUAUAAAGUGAUUGUUUGGUCCA